AUGCCCUGCAAUAUUACAGCAUGGGAAAGUGUUAAAAUAUUCCAAUUCAUCAUUAAUGUUCCAUGCUUUAUCUGUGGACUCAUUUUGAAUGCCUUAGCCAUUUGGGUGUUUUGCUGUAAAAUGAAAAAAUGGACAGAAACAACAGUGUACAUGAUAAACCUUGCAAUAACAAACUGCAACUUGAUAUUUUCCAUCCCAUUUAAACUGUAUGCCUAUGUGACUCCAUGGAAUUUGGGGGAGUCAACAUGCUCACUGUUUGAGGGACUUCAUUAUAUAUACACAUAUACAUCAAUCUAUACUGCUGUGCUGAUAAGUUUACAUCGAUACUUUGCAAUAAUAUAUCCAUUUAAAUCAAGGAAUUACAGAUCAACAGUGAAAGCUAUAGUAAUGUGCACAGUAAUAUGGCUUUUCAUAACUGGAUUAAGUAUACCAAUUUCUCUGACUACUUCAUCUUCCAAACUUAAAAAUGUCUCAAAUAUGCACUGCUUUCAAAAGACCUCCACUAAGCCAUGGCCAGUGAGCAUGUUACUGACUAUAGAGAUAGUAGGAUUUUUUGGACCUCUCUUAGUUCUCAGCUUUUGCGCUAUUCAAAUCAUCCGUUGCCUGAAACAAAAAAGAAAUGUUGCCGAGGAAGAAGAAGAGAAAAAACUCAGACAGAUUAUGCACAUAAUUGCAGCAAACAUCACAGUCUUUAUUAUAUGCUUUAUGCCUGUUCAUUUGGGCUAUGUAAUAAAGUACAUUGUGGAAACACAAGAAAAUCAAAAACAAGCUCCUGACUGCAGUACUUUAAACACUGUUCAUUCUGUUAUACAUAUCCUGACUGCUAUGGCCAAUAUUAACUGCUGUUUGGAUGCCAUUUGUUAUUACAUUGUUGCUACAGACUUUCGGAAAGCUUCUUUUGGAAAUAAACUGUAUAAAGACUCUUCUAAAAUGUGUCACAGUACAAUUAGAAGUAAAUCACAAAACAUCAGCUCAAGAGAUAUCAUUAAUCAUAGCAAUUAUGAAUCAAAUAUGGACACAAUCAAUUAAGUUCCACUAAACAUGGUCAGUACAUCAGAGAGAUAACUUAAGAAUAAUCUACAGUUUGUUUUCAGUGUAUUAACUGACUCCUUGCUCUUUGAAAUUCCAGACUUGCACUAAGCAAACUAAAUAUAUAGUAAUGUACUUUAAAAUUAUAUAUAAAAAUCAACAAAAAUAUGUUGAUUUUGCACAGGAUAUACAUAAAUUGUGGAGCAAACUGCUUAUACAAAACAGAGAAAGACUGAUGAUUUAAAGGGUCUUGGUGGUCAAUAGUCCAGAGUUUGAACUUUGAACUUAAGCAAGAAGCUUUCCAUUUAAUUAAUCUUUUGUUAAUAUGGUAACUGAACAGAUUCGGCUGAACUCAUUUGAGCCAUGGCCUGGGCCACAAGGUCAAAGGUUAAGGCAGUAUAAAUGGAGAGUUUAGAGCAGCCAGUAAACAAUUUAUUUUUAGGAAGUGACAGAGAAAACUGGAGUACAUGGGGAAAUGACAUGCAUUCACAGACAGAAAAUAUAAAUCUACAAAGACAGUGACCAGAAGGGAUGAACAAGCAUCCCACUGUACAGUAACUGACCUGUAACAUAAUAUAGUUGAGCUUAACAUACUUGUAUGUCAUCAUGUGUUUGCUAUAUAUGCUGAUAGCCUCUGUGUACAUAUUUCCUCAGUGCUAUUUAGUUUCUGCCUAUGGUUAUCAUUUCCUGCUUUACAAUUGGUGUGGGAGAGAAGGAAUGAAUACCCUGUUGCUUUUGAAAGUGUUUUAUGGAAGCAUCAAAUUUUAUUUUCUUUAAAACCCAUUUCAUUUUGUGCGGUCUUUCAUAUUUCUUCAGUAUGACACUUUAGCAACUGUUAAUGACUCCACUCCUGAAAGAAGGAGGUAACUAAUUACCUAUGAACCUAUGAACUCAUGAACAUGGUUAAUCUGCUAGUUGAGAGAUGCUGAAAAGAUUACUGAUUUCAAGACUGGUCAGUAAACAUUGAGAUUUAAAAAACUGUGGACCUGUGCAGCAGUCUAUGUUCAUUGUGGUUGACCUUAUAUCCAGGACCUCUUGAAAAACAGGGAAGAUCCUGCUGA